AUGUAUGUGACGAAGAGAACAGAGCUAAAAAAUAGCAUAAAUAAAGUGUUACAGGAUGCACUGAUAAUGGAUGUAUCAUUGUAUGAUGACCCGUUGCAAGGUCUGGUAAUGCAGGUUGCACAGGUACGAGAAAAGCUAGGAAAAGGUGUACACAUAAUAGACAAAAAUGAGGCACGGGUUAAGCAAGCAUUGAGCGCCAGUGAGAAUCAUCUAGAGUGGCAAAUGCUAGAACAUGAAGAUUUGCCUAUUCAAGGCAUGCAACUACAAGGCAUGCCAUAUUGUGGGGCGAUUAUGGACGGGGAUACAAAUGCAACAGCUGAGAUGCUAGUGCAAGACACGCACAUAAUUGACAAAAAAGAGGCACUUAGCGACAGUGGCACACAAGGGAAUCAUAUGGAGUGACGGAUGCCACAACAUGAAGAUUUUCUUAUGCAGGACAUGCAAUUACAAGACAUGCCAUAUUGUGGGGCGAUUAUGGACGAAAAUAUUGAAGAAAUUAUGGCGUCUGCAGGUACUGAUGCUACACUUGGAACACAACUACAGCCGGUGCAAGCACAUGCUGCACAUGAUAUACAGGUGGCACAUGAUAUGCAAGAUGCACAUGCACACACAAAUGCAGCACCUGAAAUGUUAAUACAAGAUGCACACAUAUCUGAUGAGGAAGAGGCACGGAUGAAGCAAGCAUUGAAUGACAGCGCUAUACAAGGGAAUCGUCUAGAAUGGCCGAUGCUACAACAGGAAGAUUUGCUCAUACAGGACAUGCAACUACAGGACAUGCCAUAUUAUGGAGCGCCGAUGAGUGAAAAUACACAAGCUACGCAUGAAGUUGAAAUGCAGGACGGUUGGCAGUGAAACUAUAACAAAAUAGAAGCAAUGGAUUUACUGAUGUGUACGUGAAGAUAUGAAAUGAUAAUAGACAACUGAAGUAGGGAAGGGAAGCAUGAAGUGGCGUUGGAGGUGGAUCGACUAGUUAAGAAAUUCCAUGCAGCGACACUGAAGGAAAGAGCGGUGAAGCAUCUUGAAGAAUCAGGAAGGAAAGAUGAAGUGGAAUUAAGACAGAGAAAGAUUACCUACUGAUUUAAAAAUGAUCCAUAA